GCCUCAACGAGCAUCGUGUGCAAUGGAUCGGAGAAGAAGAAUGGGCUUUCAGGACGAAUUUCACCGUUACACCCGAUAUGAAGACAUUCUCCCAGAUUGAUCUCGUCUUUGAAGGUUUAGAUACCUAUUCUACCGUUGAGUUGGAUGGCCACACCGUUCUCAAGUAUGUCCUGUCCAGAGUGGCAUCUUCCGAAACAUCCUUCUUCCUGACAAACAACAUGUUCGUACCUUACAGAGUGAGCCUCAAAGAUGUUCUUUCGGCGAACGCCAAUGGUCAGUUCAGAGAGGGUCGCGAUAUACAACGGGAAAAUAAAGACAAGACACCAGUCGCCUUACGGGGUGGUGGUGCCACGGGAGGGGCAGGUGUCCUACAAGGAGCGAGUAACCAAAUCCCUGGGCCAAACGGUGAACUAGCCCUUUGGAACGGCGAUGCUUCUCGACUCCACGUUCGCAAGGCUCAAUACCACUAUGGCUGGGACUGGG